UCGUCAUUCAGUUAAAUCGCUCGCAAAGUCUUGUAACAAAUAGUUAUGCUAGAUGCCGCAAUAGUUAGCCCAAUUAAAAAUGUAUUGAGCUAAAAAUAGACAUUUUAAUUUCGCAAAAUGAUUGAUGCGGCUUCCGCCGAAAGGGGAAACCCCAAGUUGAUUGGCCUCUUUAAUGACAAUCUGAAAUUGGGCCACGAGGACGAUAACCCACACAAGCCAGUGAAUGGAAAGGACACCCACGUACCCGCCGACCUGCAACCGGCCUACGGAAAUCUUUUCUCCGCUUGCCAGGAUCAUGCCGCCUUUUUUGCCAGGGACCACACCGAAUUCGGUCAACGAUUGCACGCCGCUCACAUUGCCUGGCAGGACUUUAUUGUCCUAGCCAACCGGCUGGUCUUGCAGAUCGAUGAGUUCGCUCAUGAGUACGACUUCGAUGAGCAAACGCCAGGAAAUGGCUACCGCAGCUUUAUUUACGUGACCAAUGCCUGCAUUACGCAUGGAAUCAGCAUUUGCCAGCAGCUCACGGCCACCCGAUCCACUAUGUUCUUUCGCAAGAAGUUCUACAUGAAGGAGGUGGAGGCGUGCUCGCAGCUCCUAUCCUCACUGUGCACCUGUCUGCAGUACCUGCUGAUCCUGCGCCAGUGGUCCUUCAACACGGGGGAUCUCUUUGCCUGUGGAAACCAUACGGCGGAACAGCUCUUCGAGCUGGGCGACACGAUCAACCAGUAUUGCUUUUACGGGCGCUGUCUGGGCUUCCAGUACGGCGACUCGAUUCGCGGCGUUCUCCGUUUUCUGGGCAUCAGCAUGGCCAGCUAUUCGGAGUCGUACUAUUCGCAAGAGGGCGACGGAACCAUCAUAAAGACCACUCGCAGCUUGUGGACCAGCGGCAAGUAUCUAAUGAAUCCGGAACUUAGAGCUCGUCGCAUUGUUAACAUCUCACAGAAUGCCAAGAUCGACUUUUGCAAAUCCUUCUGGUUUCUGGCUGAGUCAGAGCUGAUGCAUAAGCUCCCCAGCAUCGUGGGCAGCUCUAUAAAGGUAAAUCGGUUGAUCGAACUGCCAGCCGAACCGCUGAAGUUGCCGCGACGAAAGAACUUCAAGGCGAUGGAAAACCCCAGCAGUGAUGUCAAUCAGAACCAGGGAGAUGAUGACUUUGUGGAGAUUCCAGUGCCCUCCGCUCAUCUUGGACCAGGUUUGCCGGUUUCGGUUCGCCUGUUGAGCGCCAAGAGAAGAUCGGGAAUGCUGGGCGAAGGAAAAUAUCGCGGUUGGCACAAACCCACACCGCCAAGUCCCUCAAUUCUAUUUCACUGCCAUGGCGGCGGCUUUGUGGCCCAGUCAUCCAAAUCCCACGAACUUUAUUUGCGCGACUGGGCUGUGGCCCUGGAUUGUCCCAUUCUUUCGGUGGAUUACAGUUUGGCGCCAGAGGCACCAUUUCCACGCGCCUUGCAAGAGGUUUACUACGCUUACUGCUGGCUGCUGGAAAAUACUGAACUUCUGGGCACAACGGCUGAAAGGAUUGUGUGUGCAGGUGAUUCCGCAGGGGCAAACCUUUCCAUUGGAGUGGCCCUGAAGUGCAUCGAGCAGGGAGUCCGAGUGCCCGAUGGACUGUUCCUCGCCUACUGCCCGACUCUCGUUAGCUUUGUGCCCAGUCCUGCCCGCCUUCUCUGCCUGAUGGAUCCACUGCUGCCUUUUGGUUUUAUGAUGCGAUGCCUUCGUGCCUAUGCAGCACCUGCCCAGGAGACGCUGCAGGAGAAUGCCAAGCAUGUGGAGGAUGCUGCGCAGAUUCGGAACGCACAGAAAUCGAACGUGUGUAGCUUGAACUCCAGUCGCCGCACCUCGAUGGCCAGAAGUCCGCUGACGCCGCUGGAAGCCAACACCGAACGCGAUGACGAGAGCAGCGAUACAUUUGCCAGUGCCUCGGCUUCUUACCACAGCCAGACCGUGGAACGGACCGAUCUACCAAAUAGCGAGGGCGACAACAGUUCGUGUGUUUCCUUCGAGGACGACUCCCAGCCCAUUGUCCACUACCCAGUCGAAAUUUCCGCCGACCCACCUAAAGAUCCAGCCUGUGCAGCCUAUAUUGACAACUUUCUGGACAAAUAUCUUAUUGACACGGCUACCAUGGAGGUAACCGAGGACACAGCCGCUGAGGCACCACAAGCCCAGGCCAAUGGACAUGCCAAGAUCAGCUCGGAUGACGAUAUUCUGGUGGAGACAGGUCGCGACCUUGUUGCGAUGGAUACCUUGCACGGACGACUGCAGGAAGCUGUUAAUAAUAUAACCACCACCUUGACCCGCUGCACGCAAUCCUACGAGAUCCAUGGAAGCAAUCUGAUGGGUCAGCAGGAUGUGCGCAACAUGGACGCUUUGAUAGCAAGGAGUCCCAGCGAGGAGUUUGCCUUCGAUGUGCCUAAGGAUCCAUUUCUAUCGCCUUACUGGGCGAGUGACGAAUGGCUAUCCCAGCUCCCAGAGACCAAAAUACUUACUCUGAAUAUGGAUCCCUGUUUGGAUGACUGCGUUAUGUUUGCCAAGAAACUAAAGCGACUUGGUCGCCAAGUGAACUUGGAAAUUUUGGAGGGACUUCCGCAUGGAUUUCUUAAUUUCACUAUGUUAUCCAAUGAAGCGAUGGAGGGAUCCAAAAACUGCAUUAAAUCUUUACAGACGUUGCUUCAGGUAAAUCCGAAGCACAAAACCAAUGACAAAGUCAACUCACCAGACACCGAAGAUUCCUCCAGUCCCAGUACAAGUUUGGCUGCUUCCUAGGAUGAAUUUCAGUCGGUCUAUACGCCUAUAGGACUGGAGAACCCAACACCCAACGAGGAACAAUAAACACCGAUGGUAAUUGUGAGUGACAAUGGCGUUUCAGCCUCACUGUAAAAUAUUGUCACCUGCAUUUAUCCCUUUUGGAUUUCUCCUUUCGCAUAGGUGUAUAAACCGAAAUUUGUUAUGCGCAGGAACGAAAUGUUCAUUGUUAAACGCACUCUUCUUGCUUUUUACUACUUUGUAAUCUCAAAUGUUUUUUAUACACUUUUAUAUGACACGGCUUUCUAUGUUUUAUAUACUCACAAAAUAUGUAUAGGAUAUAUAGCUUUUAGCAUAAGCAAGCCAAGUAUGCAAGUAUUGGAAGCGUGUAAACACGCACUAUUUAUUAUGUAUUACGAUUAACGCUCUUGAUUCCAGGCACACACUCGCUAAACGCUGUUUAAUGCAAAACUCCCGAAUAUGUGCCUGAUACGAAACGAGUACUUAUAUACAAGUGUAUAGAUUAUUCGCCAAUUACCCUUAUUUUCACACUCCCCAAAGUGUGUCCAGAUUUUUUGGCACCAUGGAGGCUAACCAAGUUAAACUUAAAAUAUUUUGGAGGUACGCCGAGUUUUCUUUGCCUAUCCCACGCGAAACCGUCUGAAUGUAUAUCUCCGGUACACCAGGUGUUUGAUAUACUAUUUCACAUUAUAUUAUUAUAUAUGUAUAUUUGUUUGCAAUCUCCCUCCUUAAACUAUACCCAGUGUUAUACAUAAAAUGCCAAUAAACGGUUAAUACUCUCAACAAGAA